AGCCGGGGCAGCGUCUCCUCCAAACGCAGCGCUGAGGAGCCGGCUGCUAUAGUGGCUGCUGUUUGCGAAAAUGUUUGGACGAGGCGCUGUCUACACCUGAUGUGAUGUCUCCACUGUGAGGAGACUGGGGGCUUUUUUUUCCUUCUCUCCCCCCUCCCACCUUUAAGUUGGUGCUGAGGCGACAGAUAUCCCCGUUUAUCUGCGGAUGUCCCUGACCAAUUCAAGCGUCUUUCUGCUCAACGAGGGUUCAGCCGAUUCCUACACUAGUCGACCCUCUGAUUCCGACCUGUCCCUGGAGGAGGACCAGGAGGCGUCUCGGCGUGAAGCCGAGCGCCAGGCUCAGUUGCAGCUGGAGAGAGCCAAGUCUAAACCAGUAGCAUUCGCAGUGAAAGCCAAUGUGAGUUACUGUGGAGCCCUUGAUGAAGACUGUCCAGUCCAAGGUGCUGCUAUCAACUUUGAAAGCAAAGACUUUCUGCACAUAAAAGAGAAAUACAACAAUGAUUGGUGGAUCGGUCGGCUGGUGAAGGAAGGGGCAGACAUCACUUUCAUCCCGAGUCCAGUCAAACUCGAAGCCAUGAGGAUAAAACAUGAGCAGAAAACAGCAGCAAGGAAAGGAGGUAACGCUUCAUCUGGAGGCUGGAGGUCCACCCCGCCAUCUGCAGCCAAACAGAAGCAGAAACAGACUGAGCAGCUACCUCCAUAUGAUGUGGUUCCUUCUAUGCGGCCAGUGGUGCUGGUGGGCCCUUCACUGAAAGGAUAUGAGGUGACGGACAUGAUGCAGAAAGCCCUGUUUGACUUCCUGAAGCACCGAUUCGAUGGCAGGAUCUCUAUUACACGGGUGACUGCUGAUUUGUCACUGGCGAAGCGAUCGGUGCUGAACAAGAAGGCCAUAAUGGAGAGAUCCAACACACGCUCCAGUCUCGCGGAGGUCCAGAGUGAGAUAGAGAGGAUCUUUGAGCUGGCCAAGUCUCUGCAGCUGGUCGUCCUGGAUGCAGACACCAUCAACCACCCAGCGCAGCUUCUCAAGACUUCUCUGGCUCCCAUCGUCGUCUACGUCAAAGUGUCCUCGCCUAAAGUUCUUCAGAGGCUGAUCAAAUCUCGAGGGAAGUCACAAAGCAAACACCUCAACGUUCAGAUGAUGGCAGGGGACAAGCUCGCUCAGUGCCCGCCUGAGAUGUUCGAUGUCAUCCUGGAUGAGAAUCAACUGGAAGAUGCUUGUGAACACCUCGCAGAGUACCUGGAAAUUUACUGGCGGGCUACACAUCUCCCCUGUUCCGCCCCUGUUAACCCCCUCCUGGACCAAAGUGUGAUCACCCCUCCCUCAGCUAACUCCAGCCAACAGUUCUCUGAGACUCAAGAGUUGAUAGAAUGAUCACUACCACUGACAAAAUGAGCCUGUGCUGUCGGCUGGGAGUCAAGACUAGGACGUCAUAGAGCACAGGGACCAGGGCGCCACCAGGGGGCAGCAGCUGCCCUCACCUCUCCAAAUCCAGCUACCACCUUCUCUGGCCACACCUGUACGGCAAAGAAAAGAACAGGAGCAGAGUCCCUGGAGAGGGAGAGAGCAGAAGGUUGGCUAUCUGGAGGAAGAGGAGUCACAAGAACAGGGAGAGGAGGAGGAGGAGGAGGAGGAGGAGGAGAAGAUCUGACCGGUGCCGAAGGAGCCUCCGCCUCACUGCUGCCCCCUCAGCAAGAGCUCCCUGCUCCCACUGCCAUGUGACAACUCAGGGCCGCUUUCUACUGCUGCACGCGUACUGGUGAUACAAACCAGUACAGCAGUGCAGCCCCUGCACACCACCUCCCCCACCCCUCACUCCCCGUCUCACCCUGACAUCGACCUUGUUCCUGAUUCCCUACUUUCACAUCGGAUGUCACAUCCUGAGCUAGCCCAUCCGUGUUUAGACACCCAGAGGAGGCCGUCUCAGACACAGAUCGGCUGAUUCAGCUCACACUGUAGACAAACUGCACACCUGUGAAGUCAGAGUAUGUUAGCAAAUGUUACUGUAGCACAGCAGAGCUGUCAGUAAAACACACAACACAAACAUGCAGUAUAACAACUUAGGGUUCCUCGGGUUUGUGGAUCAACCUGACUUCCCUCUCUGACCAAAGAGAGCAGAGAGUUACAGAAAUCCAGUUCUGUGUGUCUUCCAUCUCUUAAGUUCUCUGUGAGCUGUCACUACAGUUUUACCAAUAGUUUCCUCUAAGGCACAGUUGUUUCUGUCAGUCUCCUCCUUUAUAAUCACGUCUCUCAUUGUUUUCCAGUAGCCUUUUAAAAUGAUUCUCUUUAUUGAUUGAAUUUGUUUACAGUUACCAUGUAUACCACUAUCUAAAUAUCUGAGCUGUCAGUAGCUGAUAACAUGUCUGUACACAACAGUGAUGCAAACCCACGCACGACAAGCACAGAGAUGCACAUCGACAGUGGGUCCGUGCAUCUUUUGUCACAGCUGUGAAUGUAUGAAUGGCUUAGAAAGGAUUAUUUACAAUAACGGUGGUUUAUGGUUGGGGGGAAAUCAUACAGUAGAUCAAGUAAAAUGAAAAUCCAAUUAAAUAUGUAGCAAAAAAUAAUAAUUCCAAAGUCACAUAAAGCUUCAAAUGGGAUUUAAUCCAAUCACAUUAAACUGAUCGUACAGUACGUAGAGUAUUAUUUCUUCUUUCUGGUACAUUUUUAUCCACUCAGAAAUAUAAGUUGUUACAUAAACAGAUAUCAAGGGAUUCAGUCAUAUUUAGCACAUGUGUGAAUUACUCCAGAAGAGAAGAGAUAUAUCACAUGUCAGAUUUUCAGGUCGUGUUUUUCAGUUUUAAAGUCAAACCGAAAGAUUUAAAGCAGGACUACUGCUCUGUCCUGAGUAACUUCACUGUUAAAACUCAUCAUGUUAUGUUAUGUUGAUCUUCAGUUUUCUAAGUGGACUGGAAAACACCUCAUAGAGAUAAUUUACAGAAAGAGUUCCAAAGAGUUUGUCGUUAUUUGUUGUUGAUACCAUAUCAGAUGUGAUAUAAUUUACAUUACACUUCUACUCAGUGGUGUAGUGGUAGGUCGAACAGUGGAUGGACCAUAAACUCCUCUUUUCUCUUUUAAUGGUAUAGUUGGAGAUCUUUACAAUUGAAUUGCUCAGUGGCAAAGAUGUACCUGUGACACAUCCACACUGUGGUGAGGGAAGUACUUUAACAUAAUACUGAGGUAGAAGUACAAAUAAAUAGACAAAAAUGGACUCAAGUCAAAGUAAAAGUUCUACAUUGGUUUAUAUUUAUAUCUACUCUAAGUAAAAGUAAGAACUUGCUUUUAAAAUACAAUUACAGUAUUAAAAGUAACUUGCCGAGUGUGGCUUAUUCUUUUAUGCAACAGUCUACUAUAUCAUUGUGGCUGAGUCUCGGCGGUGUUUCUUCACAAGUGAUGCUACUGCAGCAGGAGGCGGGGUCUAAUGUUACCUGCCCGUUCUGAUUGGAUCAGUGGACCAAUUCUACUCUUGUUAUUGAUUACUUUAAAAUAUAAAAAAACAAUGUGAACGUGUAAGGCAGUGCAUUGUAAACAUUUAGUGGAGUAGAGAGUAGGGAUAUGUGCGGAUGUAUGUAAUGCAGUAAAAGUAAAGACACUUGAAAAAUGUACUUAAGUACAGUAACUAAGUAAAUGUACUUUAUUACAUCCCACCAUUGCAUUUCACCCUCCACAAUGAAACUGUGCGACAACUAUUGACACACAUCGACACACUGAAAGAGUUAACUCCUCACAAGACUGAUAAAUAAUUUAAUUGUCUUUUGGCACAAACAGUACUGCAGGCUUAUAAGUACAUGGCGAGCGCCCUCUGGUGGUAUAUUUAUGUCAUUAUUAGAGGUCUUAUAUGCAAACAAACUGCAAGAGAAACAUUAAAAGAUACAUAAACACAUAUAAGGAACAUGUACAAUUUCCAAUCAUGAGUCAAUUUAAGUUUUGCCAAACUUUGCAAAGCCAUCAAUAAUCUCUUUAACAUUUAUUUAAGCAUCUUUGCCUCCAUUUCAUGUUUCACGCUGCUCACCAAAAUAAACGCAUCCCAACUGCAUCUGCUUUCACCAUGUACAACUAUAGAGCUCGGCUAACAACAUACCACACAUGUAAAUGAUACAAAGUAUGUGCAUGACAUAUUGUAUUCCUGUUUCAUCAGAAGGGCUUUUUAGGACCAUGCUCGCAUUCACUUUUUAACAUAACAUAACCAAUCACCCAUUAUCACAGCUUAACUGUACAUAGUGUAUAUUCAAUAUGCAGAUAUUAUUAUUAUUAUUAUUAUUAAUAUUAUUAUCAAAUUGCACAGAAACAACAAAUGCCGACAGGAAGUAGAAGGGUUUUAGUCACUAAUCUUUAUGCAGCGCCUCAGAGAGCAUGUUGUUUAUAUGUAUUUUUCCUCUGUUUUGAGAAUGAUGCACUGCAGUUAUUUAGGACCACCGUACCGAACGCUUCCACUGACACCCACAUUCAUUUCUAAAGGACCAGGUUUGAGCUACAUAACUUCUUCUCGACGAAGCAUAGAGAGCACAGUACCUUCUUAUAGGAUUAAAAAUCGAAACGACAACAAAAAUUAUAAAUAUCAGCUCCUCCUGUCUGCUUAAUCUUUAUCGCAGGAAAUUUCUACAAAAAGGCGAAUUCUUCUUUGGACGUCCAAAGCACAAUUUUUUACAAGUAUCAUUUCCUAUUUGUGUUUCACUUGCCUAAAUUCUGUAUGCAAUACAAAGUCUAGACACUAGCUGAGACUAUCAAGAUAUCUCCUCAGUUAUGAUGGGGUAUAAUUGCACUACUAUCAUUUAUAUGUCUGCUUUACGAUGCAAUAAAUGCACUAAAUGUUAUGCUGUACCCACCUCCAAUACUGAACAAGCUGGUCUGAUGGUAAACGUUUCCCAUGGUUUCUGACAAGUCGACGAGAGGAAUGAGAUCGAACGGUGUCUGACGAUGAUGUGUACAGGGUGCAUCUUUUGUCUAUGCUACAUUUGAAAGAAGAGGUGAAUAAAAAAAAAAAACAUUUAAGUAA